AUGCCUAGGCUUUCUGAGGAAGAAGAAAAACUUGCUAGAGCCGCACUUGAGGAGAAUGAUACGUUGCGUCGGAUAUUGCAAGAUUCUCCCAAGGGUGGCUACGCCCACGAGGAAGCUACUGUGAUGAGUGUCGAUAAGGCUGAUAGUGUAUUUACACUCAAACGUGGAAAUGACAUUUUGAAAGGGGAAAUUGUGGCCUUGCAAUAUCAACUUGAUGCUUCAGAUGUCAGUGCUGCAGAGACUGUUCACAAGUUCAAUCAAUUACAGAGCAAAAGAGCACAUUUGAGAAAUGAAACUCGGAGUCUAGAAAAUAUUGCGAAUCAUCAAGCACCAAAAGUAAAGGAGGCAAAUCGUAUUGUUCUUAACCAGUUAGCAAUGAAAAGAUCAUGUGAUGAAAAAAAUAGGGCAUUAAGAGAAGAAGUAAAAAGGCUGAAGGAAUUUAGAGAAAAAGGAAUGGAAAGGCUUUAUGCUGCCCUGCGUAAGGAGGCGCAUCUCAAGGAACAACUUGAAAAUACUAAUUUGGCGUUACAUAGUUCUGAUUGUCAGGUACUUAAGAAUGCCAUUCUCUCGAAAGAUAAGACAAUUAGAAUGCUGAAAGAGGAAAUUGAAAAGGCUCGAAUCACACAAGGAAAACAGACAAAUUAUGGGAACGAAUACUAUGAUGAUACUUUGGCAAAACUACGCAAAGAACACGAUGAUCUUUGCGAGCAAAUUCAAGCGCUUCAAAUGGUUCUUCAACGCUAA